AUGGCAACAGCGAAACAAAAGUCACGAGAAGAAGAGACAGCACAUAGUGCUGAAGAGGAAACUUUUGGACCUAUGCCACUGGCUAAAAUUGAAGUUAGUCUGUAAAUACCUACAUGUUUUGUUUGGCUGCAAAAUAAAUUCUUUGUAAAAAAAUAAAAUGCUGAAAGAACUGUCUGCUAAUGGUUCAUUUAUUUUCAGUUACAUAUGCCAUUUGUAGUAGUUGAAUUACCAAUUAAAUUUGAAUUGCAUCGUAAACUAAACGGAACAUUUUGAUAAUUUAUCUGAUGUGAAAGGAAUGUUAACUAGAGUCAUGAUAAUUUAAACAUGUUGUCAAUGGAUGUGUGGAUGCUGUCUAAUAUGGUUAAUGAUAUGGGCUCAGAUAUUCUUAAAAAAAUAGAUAUAGCAAUGUUUUCUACAAGCUUUUCUAGGGCACAAUCAUUGAAUUUUAUGUAACUCAUCAAAUGUAUUGUUUUCCAUCAUUAUUAGGGAAAUGGCAUAAACGCAGCAGAUAUUAAGAAACUGGAGGAAGCAGGCUUUUUCACGGUAGAAUCUGUAGCAUUUGCACCUAAAAAGAUGUUGCUAUCCAUUAAAGGAAUCAGUGAGGUCAAAGCCGACAAAAUUGUGGUACGUAUUUUAUCUUAAGGUAGCGUAAUUAAAUCUUACCCAAUAUUUGGAUGAACUGUUUUUCUUUUCUUUUUUUCUUUCUUUUUAAAGUCUGUACUGUAUACAGUUUUGUAAAAUUUUUAUGUUGCCAUGUAUGAGAUUGUAGAGAUAUUAAGAAACAAUAUGCUAUUUUUGUAUCAGCUUGGUAGUACUUUGAAUAUAUUGAGACUAUAUCACAAUGUAACUUGUACUUUGGUCAUUUCUUUUCUCAUUUUUUAAUUUUAAUUGUUUUUCCCAACAGGCAGAAGCGGCAAAGCUCGUCCCUAUGGGUUUCACAACUGCAACAGAGUUUCAUCAGAAAAGAUCAGAGAUUAUUCAAGUGACAACUGGAUCUAAAGAACUUGACAAAUUAUUGCAGGGUAAAUUUUUGGAAUGUGUUAACCUUAAACAGAAUACCGGUACAACAUAAAUGUAUCUAUAUAAUUGAGUAAAGUUUGAAAGCUUAAAUUUACAUAUAAAUGUUACGACCAGAACUGAGAGGUGAUGUACUUGAGUAGUGUACAUGCUACUCCAAAACUCAAUGUGCUGAUGUAACAAGUGAUGAUAUGGAUUGAUAUUUUACUGUGAUUUAUAAAAGUGAAUUUAAUAACUUAUAAUUAAUAAUCAAUAAUAAAGUGUGGAAUUAAAUGGACCUACCAAAACCUGCUCAAGACUUUUUCUUAUGCCUUUGGCUGAUUGCCCCAUGUUAAAUCUCAAACUGGCAGGGCAAAUUCCAAAAUAAAAAAGAUUAGAUACUGGCCAGGGAAUAUACAGCAAGAUUAGCCAUUUUCCAAAAGUGGAUGGACGCUAUUUCAGGCUUUGGCAAAUUUCAGACUUUGGUAGUAACACACAAUUAAGCAAAUUUCUACAGAAACAAUUUUUGUUCAGCUGGAUGCAUUGUUCAUUUAGUUUCUUAUUUCAACUAGGUGUAUAUGUUUUUCUGUUUAAUCUAAAUUUGAACAUUAUCAUAUUAUUCCCUUUACACUGUGGUUUUGAAUGGUAUUUUUACAGGAGGCAUAGAAACAGGGUCUAUUACAGAAAUAUUUGGAGAGUUUCGUACAGGAAAGACACAACUGUGCCAUACACUAGCUGUUACUUGCCAGGUAAUCAUUUAAGGUCACUUUUAGUUUAAUGCAAGAUAUUAUUAAUGCGACAUAAUCUCAGGUUUAGUUUAUUAAAGAAUAUUUCACCACACACAUGCUUAGUAAAUACUUAGCUAUUGAAAAAAAAACUUCUUUUCAAGAAACAAUUUCAGGACUUUAUUUUAACUAUUCUGUUUAUAAUUUAUCAGUUGGCCAUUAGUAUAUAGUCAUUGCCUGAAUUAUAAGUUAUAAUGAACUUCUUUAACAAUGAUUCAUCGUGUCUUGUCACCAGUUGCCCAUUGAUAUGGGGGGAGGUGAAGGAAAAGCCAUGUACAUUGAUACCGAAGGAACAUUCCGUCCUGAGAGGUUACUGGCUGUUGCUGACCGGUAUGGACACAUUGUGCAUCUAAAAUAUUAAUAAAACUUAAAGUCAAAACCUUCCCAAAUUUUAAUAAAAAUUGCAGUUUAAAAAAAAAUUCAGUUUAAGCCAUUUUUAUUUUUAGAUUUAGAUCUAUAUGUAUUUUUUCAAAAAAAAUUUUAUCUCACUUUGUUUAACUAAAUUGUUCUCUCAAACAUUGAAAUAGUUAUGGCUUAUCUGGAAGUGAUGUUUUGGACAAUGUGGCAUAUGCCAGAGCUUACAACAGUGAUCAUCAGAGCCAAUUACUUAUACAAGCAGCCGCCAUGAUGGCAGAAUCUCGGUCAGUUAUAACUAUAAAUAAUCUAAAAAACUAUAGACCUGUAUCUAACUUAUCAUUUUUAUCUAAAGUUAUUAAAAAACUAGUCCUAAAACAACUUUUUGCUUGCUUAAAUGACCACUCUCUUCUCAGUUCUAAUCAGUCGGCCUAUAGACAUUUCCAUAGCACGGAGACAGCUCUCUUGAGAGUCAGUAAUGACCUCUUGCGCGCAAUGGACAGCGGUAAUGUCUCCAUUCUGAUCCUCUUAGACCUCAGUGCGGCCUUUGACCUGUUUCAAAACCCUUGAAAACUACUUUGGAAUUUCUGGUUCGGUUUUGGCUUGGUUUAGGUCCUACCUCUCUGAUAGAACGCAAAUGGUCUCUGUCGAUGGCUGUCUCUCCGGCAGUGCUGAUUUGGUGUACGGAGUGCCACAGGGGUCCGUUUUGGGUCCGGUUCUAUUCAUAAUGUAUACCAGACCACUACUCCUCUUGCUCGGGAGGCAUGCUGUUGAGAACCAGUCAUUUGCAGAUGAUACACAGCUAUACAUGCAUACCCAUCCAUCUCUUGUCGAUUCCGCUGUCCAGACUUUGCGGGGGUGCAUUGAUGAUGUCAAGUCUUGGAUGACACUCAGCAAGUUGAAGCUUAAUGAUGACAAAACAGAAGCACUCCUCAUUUACAAUCACAAAUCAUCCUCUACCUCAACUCUUCCCACCUCAUUUCAAGUAGGUAACUCCGACAUACAGUUUACACCCUCUGCUAGGAAUCUUGGUUAUAUUCUUUCUAACAACAUGUCUCUCGAUAAACAUAUCUCUCACAUUUGUCGUUCGGCAUACACCGCCAUCCGUCAGAUCAGCUCCAUCCGCCACUACCUGACAGUUAGCGCAACAAAAACUCUAGUCUGUGCUCUUGUUCUCUCUCGUCUUGACUAUUGCAACUCACUUCUGUCAGGUUCACCGAAACAUUUUAUAGAAAAACUGCAGAAAGUUCAAAACUCUGCUGCUAGGCUUGUUCUUAAGGCAAAAAAACGUGAUCACGUCACUCCACUACUCCACUCACUACAUUGGCUCCCUAUACAGGCACGCAUUGACUACAAGCUGUCUCUUCUCUGUCACAACUUUUUCUCGGAUUCCUGCCCUUCCUAUCUAACUGAACUUCUUUCUGUCUAUUCACCCCUUCGACAACUUCGCUCCUCCGCAGACUCGCGUAUUCUGUCCGUUCCCAAGACACGCACUAAAUUAUAUGGUGAACGAUCUUUCUCUUUCUGCGCCCCCAAACAAUGGAAUUCUUUGCCACUACACAUCCGCAAUAUAACAACCACACAGGCCUUCAAAACUGCACUCAAAACACAUCUAUUUAAACUAUACUACUCUGACUGAUUCUCCUCCUAUAAACCGAUAAACGUACAUGGGUUUCCUUGUAAAAAUGUCUGGUGUGGGUGGAUGAAUAUACCUAUGGUGUUGUUUUGCUUAUAUGUUGUUUUUAUUUCAUUUAUGUAUUUUAUUUUAAUAUUAUGAUUAUGCCUCUUUGCUAUAUUUAUGUACAGCGCGGUGAGCCCAGCCCUAGGCUGGGGUACCGCGCUAUAUAAGACCACUUAUUAUUAUUAUUAUUAUAACUAGAAACAAACUAAUUCAAAAUGAAUCAUUUUCUUGUGGAUUGGAAUUUUUACAGCAUUACUACCUUACACAUUGUAUUGCAUUACUACCAAUACUAUAUCAUUAAUAUAUAUUUUUUCGACAUUGUAAUAAAAAUUUUCUGUGAAUAAUCAUCCUGUUCUUGGUACUUUGGCACUUUUAUUAAAAAUAAUAAUAAAUUUCAAAAUUAAAAACAUCUUGAAGCGUUAAAACAAAGAAAUCUAAAAAAAGCGAAAUAUUAAUGUACUAUCAAAAUAUUUUUUUUUUACCCCUGAUUUUAUGUAGCGUUAAAAUAUGAAACUAGAUCAAUGUCUCAUUCAUUUUUUGUUGUUUUUUGGACAAAUAUCUGUACAUAAAACAUAAAUUUGGACACUAAUUUAGGUCACUUAAAAUAACAGCUAUUAAAAUAAGAAUGUGCUAACUUGUAAUUUUAUUUCAGUUAUGCAUUGCUGAUUGUAGACAGUGCCACAGCAUUGUACAGAACAGACUACUCUGGCAGAGGGGAGCUGUCAGCAAGACAGAUGCACCUUGCCAGAUUUCUCAGAAUGUUGUUACGAUUAGCUGAUGAGGUGGGUUUACCUUUUGACAUAAAUAACUCUCAGAAUAUGGUUGUUUUUCUGCUUUUUGUCCUUAGGUCUAACUAGUUUUCAAUAAUUCCAUUAAUAUUAUUAUUUUAAAAUUAAUUCAGUGCUUAUGUACUCUUACAAUAAUAAGACCAAAGUUUUUUCUAAAUUGUGUUGAAAUGCUUUCAAGAAGUUCCAACAAUGUUGUCACCCAACAGUUUGGUGUUGCUGUUGUAAUAACCAAUCAAGUUGUGGCACAAGUUGACGGUGCAGCCAUGUUUGCAGCUGAUCCCAAGAAGCCUAUUGGUGGAAACAUCAUAGCUCAUGCCUCCACAACCAGGUAAUUGUGAAGAUAAAUAUAACAUUAAAUAUAACAUUUGUUUAGAUGUCAUUGUCUUGACUUACCCUGAAGCUUUUUUUUUUUUUGGGUUGAUUUAACCCUAUAACUGCCAAAACGACAGAUGAUCAGCUGUGAACCCCCUUUCUGUCGUUGUAUUGCCAAUAUAAUUGGCAGCUAGCAAAAUUGUAAUUAAAAUGCGUAUGCCUAAUGUAUAUUGGUUAAGGGGAAGUAAUUCUACAUAAAUGAGUUUACUUCUUAUUUACAUAUCUAUCUGUGUGUUAACAUGAUUUUCUCAGUGAUUUGUUUGUGAUUAAUCAGGUGUAAAAUUUACUCAUUUUUUUUACUGCCAUUAUAUCUAAUGCUGGAGAGGGUUCCCGCUCCAGAUUUCAAACUGAAAACAGACUUUCUUUAUUGGAAUUAUUUCGAAUGGAUAAAAUCAAAGUAAUGAUUUAAGAGAUAAUCCACAUGAUAGUAAUGACAGUAUUAGCUCUAGGCUUGAUGGGGACAUAAGAGUCAGAAAUGGACAAAUUAUGCCCUAAACUUAAUCAUAUUGUGACAGAAAAAUUUGUUUGGAAAAGGGUGGAAAUCAAACAGAAAAGACAAAAAUUAGAUCCCAAAGACCUACCCUAAAGAGAUUCAAAGAAAUUUACGUUUCUGUAUAUUCUGGAGUAUUAAUUAAUAAAAUAAUGUAUUUAAUAACUACAAUUGAAAAUGAAUUUUUGAACUAAUUUUGUGCUUUCCCCCUUGUAUUUUGUAUGACAGAAAUUUGAACGUAGGGAAUGAAAAAAAAUUCAACAAUUUUACAAUUUUCAAUAUAAUUACCUAUAACUUAACAUUUUCUGAAAGAAUAUUGCUUCUAGUAUCUCAAAAACGUAAUUUUAUGAUAGUUUGAACAAUUUAUGGAGGAUUAGGUUGGAUUGAAUUCAGAAGUUGGGCAUUAACAUUUUACUCACUUUAUAAAGGUCAAGGUCACUAUCAACAUUCAUAUCAGAAAAAGCUACAGAAAUAUCCACUUGCCGAUUACAGGGUUAAAUUAUUAACAGCCAAAAGCAUUUUGCACUCGGAAAUUGAUUCAUUGAACUCUCACAAAUAUUUCAAACUUAUAAAGAUGGGUCAAGAAAAUGGAAAUAUUAUUUUCUUUUACUUUUAUAAAACUUAUAGAACUUUUUCAUUCCAAAAUAACUAGGAUCAAAUUCUAAGUUCAAAAUCAUAUAAUCUGAAUUAACGGUAAUGAAUUAUUACAAACACUUAAGAUUUCUAUGAUAAUCCUUCCCACACUAUUUUUUUAUCAUGCCAGAUUUCAAGCAUAAUUCCAAGAACAAAAUUUUCUUUAUUUUAUACCCCAAAAAAAUGUUAGAUAAUAUAAAAUCAAAUGCUAAAUUGUAAAUUUGCCAUAAAAAAUGUAUACAAAGCAAUGAAAAGAACGCUAUUGACUGUAUUAUUUACAGGUUAUCUCUGAGGAAAGGUCGCGGUGAAACUCGCAUCUGUAAAAUUUAUGACUCACCCUGCUUACCGGAAGCAGAAGCCAUGUUUGCCAUUAACCCUGAUGGCAUCGGAGACGCCAAAGAAUAAUUAGACGUCCAUUCCUAAAAGCAUUAUUGGAAACCUUUAUCUAUAUUCUUUACUGGGGAAGGUUAUAAUGUUCAGGUUGACAAUGUAUUUUAAUUUCUGUGAUCUGCAGGUCAUCUGCAUUGGUUUUGAAGAUUUUUAUCACAACCAUUUUCAUAUAAUGCAGAAAAUCUGUUUAUUUAGCUAUUUACCAUAUGGGCCAGCAUAUAGGACUCAUGUAUGAGGAAACAAAAUUUCUAAGACGCACCCUGUAUUUUAGGCGAAUGUUGAGGUGAAAGUGAAAAGCGUGCCUCCUAUACACCUGCUAAUACAGUAGUUGCUUCACUGUAUAUUAAAGGCGUUAAAAGAGUUGAUUACUUUAAAUCUUUAGCAGCUUUCCGCACCUCAUAAAUAUAGACUAACUGACAGACUCAUGUCCAAUUUUUUUUUGACAUUAUAGAUAUAAAAACCUAGCUAAAAAUAGGAUUGCCUUGUAAAUAAUGUGAGGGUCAAAUUAUUCAUAAUGUAACACACUUAUGUUUGAUAACAAAUUCUGUCAAUGUAACACACUUGUUUUUUUUAUAACAAAUUCUGUCAGCAGCUGAGUAUGUAGAUUACACCUGUCUCUUCAAAAAGGGCCAUUUUGUGUACAAUAUAAAAAAUAAUACCAGUGUGUGUAACUAACAAUUUCGUUGCAAUACUUAAUUCUGUCUUUAAAUACUGGUAUGUCAUCACUUUGGC